AUGCCUAAACUCCUGCAAGGCAUUGUCACUGUCAUCGAGGUUUUCUACCAAUACGCCACUGAGUAUGGGAAAUGUGACAUGCUGAGCCCAAAAGAGAUGAAAGAACUUCUAGAAAAUGAGUUUCGCCAAAUUCUAAAGAAUCCAGAUGAUCCAGACACAGUAGAAAUCAUCAUGCAAAGUCUGGAUCGAGAUCAUAACAACAAAGUUGACUUUACUGAGUAUCUUCUCAUGAUAAUCAAGCUAUCUCAGGCUUGUAACAAAAUUAUUGGCAGAGAUUAUUGCCAAGCUUCAGGGUCAAAGCAAAAAAAUCACAGUCACCAGCAACAAAAGGAACAGAGUGAAGAAGAAAACGAUGACAAAGAGCAAGAUGCCUCUUCAAGUUCUCCAAGUUUUAGUGCAGGAGAGAAUGAUGCUUAUUCUAGGGGUUCAAGAGUAAGAAAUCAACACAAUUCUGAGUCGAACUGUAGAAAACCAAGGAAUGGGAACAAAAAAGGUUCUGAAGAGCGAACAAGGUCAACUUCAAGUCACUUCAAAAACAGUGAGAAAUAUGAACAGGGACAACAUGGAUCAGGAUCAACCCACAUGUCUAGCCAAAGCAGAAGAUGUAAUUCAAAGGAACCUUCCGGCUACCCCCAACAUGGCCCUGAAUCAGAACAGUCUGAAGGCAACAGUAAAAGAGAAUCUGGCCAACAUCAGCCUUGUCAGUCAUCUGGCAAUGUACAACACGGCACAUCAUCAAGACAGUCAUCAAGCUGGGGCUCAAGUCAGUCUACUUCCUCUGGCAAAUAUGGAUCAACUUCACGCCAUUCAACAAGCCAAGAGAGGAACAGGUCUAGUUCAACGGAGUCUUGUGGCUCCCAGCAUUCUGGGUCUGGCUCAGGAGAGUCUUCCACCUUCAAUCAACAUGGAACUGGGCAAAGUCAGUCUUCUGGUCAUAGCCAACAGGGUUCCGUCUCUGGACAGUCAUCUGGCCACGGACAACAUGGCUCUGGUUAUGGUCAGUCUUCCAGCUAUGGUACACACAACUCAGGGCCAAGUCAGUCUUCUAGCCAGAGUACAAGUGGAUCUAGGUCAGGACAGUCUUGUGGUUCAGGAAAACAUAGUUCUGCAUCAGGACAAUCUUCUGGCUCUGGUAGGCAAGGAUCUGGACAAGGGCAGACUUCUGGUAGUACACAGCGUGGCACAUCACGCCAUUCAUCAAGCCAAGAGAGGAAAAGGUCUAGCUCACGGGAGUCUUGUGGCUCCCAGCAGUAUGGGUCUGGCUCAGGAGGGUCCUAUGGCUACACUCAACAUGGAUCUGGGCAAGGUCAGUCUUCUGGACAUAGGCAGCAGGGUUCUUUCUCUGGACAGUCAUCUGGCCAUGGACAACAUGGCUCUGGUUAUGGUCAGUCUUCCAGCUAUGGUACACACAAAUCAGGGGCAAGUCAGUCUUCUAGCCAGAGUACAAGUGGAUCUAGGUCAGGACAGUCUUGUGGUUCAGGAAAACAUGGUUCUGCAUCAGGACAGUCUUCUGGCUCUGGUAGGCAAGGGUCUGGACAAGGUCAGACUUCUGGUAGUACACAGCAUGGCACAUCAUCAAGACAGUCAUCAAGCUGGGGCUCAAGUCAGUCUACAUCCUCUGGCAAACAUGGAUCAGCAUCACGACAUUCAUCAAGCCAAGAAAGGAACAGGUCUAGCUCAAGAGAGUCUUGUGGCUCCCAGCAGUAUGGGUCUGGCUCAGGAGAGUCUUCUGGCUUUAAUCAACAUGGAUCGGGACAAGGUCAGUCUUCUGGUGGUAGCCAACAGGGUUCUUUUUCUGGACAGUCAUCAGGUAGUCAUCAGCAUGGCUCUUGCUGUGGUCAGUCCUCUAGCUAUGGUCAGCAUGGCACUGGCUCUGGUCAGUCUUCCAGCAGUAGUACGCACAAUGCAGGUUCAGGCCAGUCUUCUAGACAGAGGAGAAGUGGGUCUGGGUCAGGACAGUCUUCUCGUCUAGGUGGAUAUGGUUCUGCAUCAGGACACUCCUCUGGUUCCACAGGGCAAGGAUAUGGGCAAGGACAGUCAUCUAGUACUGGACACUAUGGUACUUCUUCAGGACAUUCUUCAAGCGGUGGCACAGGUCAGUCCACUACCUAUGGCAAGCAUGGAUCAGGAGUGAGCCAGUCAUCUAGGACCAGCAGAAGCAGGUCAAGCUCAAGAGAGUCUUGUGGCUCCCAGCAGUAUGGGUCUGGCUCAGGAGGGUCCUCUGGCUUCCAUCAACAUGGAUCUGGGCAAGGUCAGUCUUCUGGUCGUAGCCAACAGGGUUCCUUCUCUGGACAGUCAUCUGGCCAUGGACAACAUGGCUCUGGUUAUGGUCAGUCUUCUGGUCAUAGGCAGCAGGGUUCUUUCUCUGGACAGUCAUCUGGCCAUGGACAACAUGGCUCUGGUUAUGGUCAGUCAUCCAGCUAUGGUACACACAAAUCAGGGGCAAGUCAGUCUUCUAGCCAGAGUACAAGUGGAUCUAGGUCAGGACAGUCUUGUGGUUCAGGAAAACAUGGUUCUGCUUCGGGACAAUCUUCUGGCUCUGGUAGGCAAGGGUCUGGACAAGGGCAGACUUCUGGUAGUACACAGCAUGGCACAUCAUCAAGACAGUCAUCAAGCUGGGGCUCAUGUCAGUCUACAUCCUCUGGCAAACAUGGAUCAGCAUCACGACAUUCAUCAAGCCAAGAAAGGAACAGGUCUAGCUCUAGAGAGUCUUGUGGCUCCCAGCAGUAUGGGUCUGGCUCAGGAGGGUCCUCUGGCUUCAAUCAACAUGGAUCUGGGCAAGGUCAGUCUUCUGGUCAUAGGCAGCAGGGUUCUUUCUCUGGACAGUCAUCUGGCCAUGGACAACAUGGCUCUGGUUAUGGUCAGUCUUCCAGCUAUGGUACACACAAAUCAGGGGCAAGUCAGUCUUCUAGCCAGAGUACAAGUGGAUCUAGGUCAGGACAGUCUUGUGGUUCGGGAAAACAUGGAUCUGCAUCGGGACAAUUUUCUGGCUCUGGUAGGCAAGGGUCUGGACAAGGGCAGACUUCUGGUAGUACACAGCGUGGCACAUCAUCAAGACAGUCAUCAAGCUGGGGAUCAGGUCAGUCCACUUCCUCUGGCAAACAUGGAUCAGCAUCACGCCAUUCAUCAAGCCAAGAAAGGAACAGGUCUAGCUCAAGAGAGUCUUGUGGCUCCCAGCAGUAUGGGUCUGGCUCAGGAGAGUCUUCUGGCUUUGAUCAACAUGGAUCGGGACAAGGUCAGUCUUCUGGUGGUAGCCAACAGGGUUCUUUUUCUGGACAGUCAUCAGGUAGUCAUCAGCAUGGCUCUUGCUGUGGUCAGUCCUCUAGCUAUGGUCAGCAUGGCACUGGCUCUGGUCAGUCUUCCAGCAGUAGUACGCACAAUGCAGGUUCAGGCCAGUCUUCUAGACAGAGGAGAAGUGGGUCUGGGUCAGGACAGUCUUCUCGUCUAGGUGGAUAUGGUUCUGCAUCAGGACACUCCUCUGGUUCCACAGGGCAAGGAUAUGGGCAAGGACAGUCAUCUAGUACUGGACACUAUGGUACUUCUUCAGGACAUUCUUCAAGCGGUGGCACAGGUCAGUCCACUACCUAUGGCAAGCAUGGAUCAGGAGUGAGCCAGUCAUCUAGGACCAGCAGAAGCAGGUCAAGCUCAAGAGAGUCUUGUGGCUCCCAGCAGUAUGGGUCUGGCUCAGGAGGGUCCUCUGGCUUCCAUCAACAUGGAUCUGGGCAAGGUCAGUCUUCUGGUCGUAGCCAACAGGGUUCCUUCUCUGGACAGUCAUCUGGCCAUGGACAACAUGGCUCUGGUUAUGGUCAGCAGCAGGGUUCUUUCUCUGGACAGUCAUCUGGCCAUGGACAACAUAGCUCUGGUUAUGGUCAGUCAUCCAGCUAUGGUACACACAACUCAGGGGCAAGUCAGUCUUCUAGCCAGAGUACAAGUGGAUCUAGGUCAGGACAGUCUUGUGGUUCGGGAAAACAUGGAUCUGCAUCGGGACAAUCUUCUGGCUCUGGUAGGCAAGGGUCUGGACAAGGUCAGACUUCUGGUAGUACACAGCAUGGCACAUCAUCAAGACAGUCAUCAAGCUGGGGCUCAAGUCAGUCUACAUCCUCUGGCAAACAUGGAUCAGCAUCACGACAUUCAUCAAGCCAAGAAAGGAACAGGUCUAGCUCAAGAGAGUCUUGUGGCUCCCAGCAGUAUGGGUCUGGCUCAGGAGAGUCUUCUGGCUUUGAUCAACAUGGAUCGGGACAAGGUCAGUCUUCUGGUGGUAGCCAACAGGGUUCUUUUUCUGGACAGUCAUCAGGUAGUCAUCAGCAUGGCUCUUGCUGUGGUCAGUCCUCUAGCUAUGGUCAGCAUGGCACUGGCUCUGGUCAGUCUUCCAGCAGUAGUACGCACAAUGCAGGUUCAGGCCAGUCUUCUAGACAGAGGAGAAGUGGGUCUGGGUCAGGACAGUCUUCUCGUCUAGGUGGAUAUGGUUCUGCAUCAGGACACUCCUCUGGUUCCACAGGGCAAGGAUAUGGGCAAGGACAGUCAUCUAGUACUGGACACUAUGGUACUUCUUCAGGACAUUCUUCAAGCGGUGGCACAGGUCAGUCCACUACCUAUGGCAAGCAUGGAUCAGGAGUGAGCCAGUCAUCUAGGACCAGCAGAAGCAGGUCAAGCUCAAGAGAGUCUUGUGGCUCCCAGCAGUAUGGGUCUGGCUCAGGAGGGUCCUCUGGCUUCCAUCAACAUGGAUCUGGGCAAGGUCAGUCUUCUGGUCGUAGCCAACAGGGUUCCUUCUCUGGACAGUCAUCUGGCCAUGGACAACAUGGCUCUGGUUAUGGUCAGCAGCAGGGUUCUUUCUCUGGACAGUCAUCUGGCCAUGGACAACAUAGCUCUGGUUAUGGUCAGUCAUCCAGCUAUGGUACACACAACUCAGGGGCAAGUCAGUCUUCUAGCCAGAGUACAAGUGGAUCUAGGUCAGGACAGUCUUGUGGUUCGGGAAAACAUGGAUCUGCAUCGGGACAAUCUUCUGGCUCUGGUAGGCAAGGGUCUGGACAAGGUCAGACUUCUGGUAGUACACAGCAUGGCACAUCAUCAAGACAGUCAUCAAGCUGGGGCUCAAGUCAGUCUACAUCCUCUGGCAAACAUGGAUCAGCAUCACGCCAUUCAUCAAGCCAAGAAAGGAACAGGUCUAGCUCAAGAGAGUCUUGUGGCUCCCAGCAGUAUGGGUCUGGCUCAGGAGAGUCUUCUGGCUUUAAUCAACAUGGAUCGGGACAAGGUCAGUCUUCUGGUGGUAGCCAACAGGGUUCUUUUUCUGGACAGUCAUCAGGUAGUCAUCAGCAUGGCUCUUGCUGUGGUCAGUCCUCUAGCUAUGGUCAGCAUGGCACUGGCUCUGGUCAGUCUUCCAGCAGUAGUACACACAAUGCAGGUUCAGGCCAGUCUUCUAGACAGAGGAGAAGUGGGUCUGGGUCAGGACAGUCUUCUCGUCUAGGUGGAUAUGGUUCUGCAUCAGGACACUCCUCUGGUUCCACAGGGCAAGGAUAUGGGCAAGGACAGUCAUCUAGUACUGGACACUAUGGUACUUCUUCAGGACAUUCUUCAAGCGGCGGCACAGGUCAGUCCACUACCUAUGGCAAGCAUGGAUCAGGAGUGAGCCAGUCAUCUAGGACCAGCAGAAGCAGGUCAAGCUCAAGAGAGUCUUGUGGCUCCCAGCAGUAUGGGUCUGGCUCAGGAGGGUCCUCUGGCUUCAAUCAACAUGGAUCUGGGCAAGGUCAGUCUUCUGGUCGUAGCCAACAGGGUUCCUUCUCUGGACAGUCAUCUGGCCAUGGACAACAUGGCUCUGGUUAUGGUCAGUCUUCCAGCUAUGGUACACACAACUCAGGGGCAAGUCAGUCUUCUAGCCAGAGUACAAGUGGAUCUAGGUCAGGACAGUCUUGUGGUUCAGGAAAACAUGGUUCUGCAUCAGGACAAUUUUCUGGCUCUGGUAGGCAAGGAUCUGGACAAGGGCAGACUUCUGGUAGUACACAGCGUGGCACAUCACGUCAUUCAUCAAGCCAAGAGAGGAACAGGUCUAGCUCAAGGGAGUCUUGUGGCUCCCAGCAGUAUGGGUCUGGCUCAGGAGGGUCCUAUGGCUACACUCAACAUGGAUCUGGGCAAGGUCAGUCUUCUGGACAUAGGCAGCAGGGUUCUUUCUCUGGACAGUCAUCUGGCCAUGGACAACAUGGCUCUGGUUAUGGUCAGUCUUCCAGCUAUGGUACACACAACUCAGGGGCAAGUCAGUCUUCUAGCCAGAGUACAAGUGGAUCUAGGUCAGGACAGUCUUGUGGUUCAGGAAAACAUGGUUCUGCUUCGGGACAAUCUUCUGGCUCUGGUAGGCAAGGGUCUGGACAAGGGCAGACUUCUAGUAGUACACAGCAUGGCACAUCAUCAAGACAGUCAUCAAGCUGGGGCUCAAGUCAGUCUACAUCCUCUGGCAAACAUGGAUCAGCAUCACGACAUUCAUCAAGCCAAGAAAGGAACAGGUCUAGCUCUAGAGAGUCUUGUGGCUCCCAGCAGUAUGGGUCUGGCUCAGGAGGGUCCUCUGGCUUUAAUCAACAUGGAUCUGGGCAAGGUCAGUCUUCUGGUUAUAGGCAGCAGGGUUCUUUCUCUGGACAGUCAUCUGGCCAUGGACAACAUGGCUCUGGUUAUGGUCAGUCUUCCAGCUAUGGUACACACAACUCAGGGGCAAGUCAGUCUUCUAGCCAGAGUACAAGUGGAUCUAGGUCAGGACAGUCUUGUGGUUCAGGAAAACAUGGUUCUGCUUCGGGACAAUCUUCUGGCUCUGGUAGGCAAGGGUCUGGACAAGGUCAGACUUCUGGUAGUACACAACGUGGCACAUCAUCAAGACAGUCAUCAAGCUUGGGAUCAGGUCAGUCCACUUCCUCUGGCAAACAUGGAACAACAUCACACCAUUCAUCAAGCCAAGAAAGGAACAGGUCUAGCUCAAGGGAGUCUUGUGGCUCCCAGCAGUAUGGGUCUGGCUCAGGAGAGUCUUCUGGCUUUAAUCAACAUGGAUCGGGACAAGGUCAGUCUUCUGGUGGUAGCCAACAGGGUUCUUUUUCUGGACAGUCAUCAGGUAGUCAUCAGCAUGGCUCUUGCUGUGGUCAGUCCUCUAGCUAUGGUCAGCAUGGCACUGGCUCUGGUCAGUCUUCCAGCAGUAGUACACACAAUGCAGGUUCAGGCCAGUCUUCUAGACAGAGGAGAAGUGGGUCUGGGUCAGGACAGUCUUCUCGUCUAGGUGGAUAUGGUUCUGCAUCAGGACACUCCUCUGGUUCCACAGGGCAAGGAUAUGGGCAAGGACAGUCAUCUAGUACUGGACACUAUGGUACUUCUUCAGGACAUUCUUCAAGCGGCGGCACAGGUCAGUCCACUACCUAUGGCAAGCAUGGAUCAGGAGUGAGCCAGUCAUCUAGGACCAGCAGAAGCAGGUCAAGCUCAAGAGAGUCUUGUGGCUCCCAGCAGUAUGGGUCUGGCUCAGGAGGGUCCUCUGGCUUCAAUCAACAUGGAUCUGGGCAAGGUCAGUCUUCUGGUCGUAGCCAACAGGGUUCCUUCUCUGGACAGUCAUCUGGCCAUGGACAACAUGGCUCUGGUUAUGGUCAGUCUUCCAGCUAUGGUACACACAACUCAGGGGCAAGUCAGUCUUCUAGCCAGAGUACAAGUGGAUCUAGGUCAGGACAGUCUUGUGGUUCAGGAAAACAUGGUUCUGCAUCAGGACAAUCUUCUGGCUCUGGUAGGCAAGGAUCUGGACAAGGGCAGACUUCUGGUAGUACACAGCGUGGCACAUCACGUCAUUCAUCAAGCCAAGAGAGGAACAGGUCUAGCUCAAGGGAGUCUUGUGGCUCCCAGCAGUAUGGGUCUGGCUCAGGAGUGUCUUCCGGCUUCAAUCAACAUGGAUCUGGGCAAGGUCAGUCUUCUGGUCAUAGGCAGCAGGGUUCUUUCUCUGGACAGUCAUCUGGCCAUGGACAACAUGGCUCUGGUUAUGGUCAGUCUUCCAGCUAUGGUACACACAACUCAGGGGCAAGUCAGUCUUCUGGCCAGAGUACAAGUGGAUCUAGGUCAGGACAGUCUUGUGGUUCAGGAAAACAUGGUUCUGCAUCAGGACAAUCUUCUGGCUCUGGUAGGCAAGGGUCUGGACCAGGUCAGACUUCUGGUAGUACACAAAGUGGCACAUCAUGCCAUUCAUCAAGCCAAGAGAGGAACAGGUCUAGCUCAAGGGAGUCUUGUGGCUCCCAGCAGUAUGGGACUGGCUCAGGGGAUUCUUCUGGCUUUAGUCACCAUAGAUCUGCGCAUGGCAAUUCUUCUCUUUGUGGUCAACAGCAUUCUUUUUCUGAACAGUCAUGUGUCAGUAGUCAGCAUGAAUCUGGCACUGUUUCUUCAUCUAGCAGUGGGCAAAGUUGUUCACCAUCCAGACAAGUACCAUUUUCCCAGCCUCCACAUUGUAGCUCAGGUCAGUCACCUAGCUGUGAUCAGCAUUAUUCUACUUCCUGGCAGUCCUCUAGCUAUGGCCACCAAAGUCCUGGACCAUAUCAUUCUUCCUCCUGUAGUAGUCAUGGGAAUACCUGUGGAGAAUCUUCCAACUUUGGCAAGUAUGGAUCUGGCUCAGUAGAUUGUUCUGGCUAUGGUAAUCAAAUAUCUAGUCCAGGUCAGUCUGCUUACUCCCAUUAUGGAUCUAAUAUAAAUCAAUCUUCUACCUAUGGACAGUCAUACUCUCAUGAUCAGUGUAGAUCUAAUUCAAACCAAUCUUCCUGCUGUGGUCAACAGGGGUCUGGUUCAAGUCAGUCCUCUAACUACAGUCAAUAUGAAUGUCCCUCAAGUCAUUAUUCUAGCCAGAGAAAACCUGCAGCUGGGUGUAGUCAAGGUUUUAGCUCUGAACAAUAUGGGUCUUAUUCAUAUCCCUCUUCUAUCUCUACUCAAAAUUGUCCCAGAACUGAUCUGUGUCCUAGUUCACAACAGUAUGGGUCGAAUUCAUAUAACUCAUUUAGCUCUGGAUCAUGUGGUUCUGGAUAUGGCCAAUAUUCUAGUUAUGAGCGACCUCAAUCAUAUGGGAGAUGUGGAAAACAUUUGCAAUGUGGAAACACUUCAAUUUGUAAUGAAAACCAACCAAUAAGUGUGUUUAGGCAAGUAGAAACCUCCUCAGGUUGUGACUCUGGACAAUUUAUACCUCCACGUGGACACAGUAGAUCCCAUACUACUGGUCAAUUGUCACUUUACAAUGCAGACAGUAGACAAGGUGACCCUGACUAUCAGAGCAUCAGGGACGGGAACUCUGGAAUGAGAAAUAUAGGCUUUGGUUCUCACAGUUUCAAUAGCAGCACUCCCCUCUAUGAGUAUGUCCAAGAGCAGAGACGCUAA